GCUGUCAGCUGACAGGUUCACGUGACCGAGUGUGUAUGUGUGAGGAUGGCGGAGGUGUUCUAAAUCGGCCGACCCUUCUUCUGUCACCGAACCCGGUCAUAUCAGCAAGUGAUUUGGCUGAGAGUGGUGGGAAGGAGACACACUGCUACCGGAGCUGCUACACUGUGCCAAGACCGGGCCCUGGCCGUCCAUUCUGCCUAAAACAAAUCUGCAACUAACACGCGAUAUUUGUAAUCAUGACUGAAUUCUGGUUGAUUUCUGCCCCCGGGGAGAAAACUUGCCAACAAACAUGGGAAAAACUAAUGGCAGCCACCACAAAGAAUAACAACCUGUCCACCAAUUCCAAGUUCAACAUACCUGACUUAAAGGUUGGCACGCUGGAUGUGCUGGUUGGCCUCUCCGAUGAGCUAGCGAAACUGGAUGCGUUUGUAGAGGGAACGGUGAAGAAGGUUGCGCAAUAUAUGGCUGAUGUCUUGGAGGAUAGCAGAGAUAAAGUGCAGGAAAACCUAUUGGCCAGUGGAGUGGAUCUGGUCACAUACAUCACACGGUUCCAGUGGGAUAUGGCAAAGUAUCCAAUUAAACAGUCCUUGAAGAAUAUUUCCGAAAUAAUAGCAAAAGGCGUUACGCAGAUUGACAACGAUCUAAAAGCAAGAGCCUCCGCGUACAAUAAUCUCAAAGGAAAUCUCCAGAACCUGGAAAGGAAAAACGCAGGAAGUCUAAUAACAAGAAGUUUAGCUGAAAUUGUGAAGAAAGAAGACUUCGUACUAGAUUCCGAAUACUUGAUUACACUUCUGGUGGUUGUACCAAAGCAAAGCUACAAUGACUGGGUUAAACAAUACGAAACACUGGCCGAGAUGGUGGUUCCACGUUCUAGCAUUGUUCUGUCUGAGGACCAGGAUAGUUAUCUCUGCAACGUGACUUUGUUCAGAAAAGCUGUGGAUGACUUUCGACACAAAGCCAGAGAGAAUAAGUUUGUUGUUCGUGAUUUCCAGUAUAAUGAAGAGGAAAUGAAAGCUGAUAAGGAAGAAAUGAACAGGCUUUCCACCGACAAGAAAAAACAAUUUGGACCUCUGGUUCGAUGGCUCAAAGUAAAUUUCAGUGAAGCGUUCAUUGCUUGGAUCCACGUGAAAGCUCUGCGGGUCUUUGUGGAGUCUGUUUUAAGGUAUGGCUUGCCAGUAAACUUUCAAGCAAUGCUGCUUCAGCCCAGUAAGAAAACCAUGAAGAAACUGAGGGAGGUUCUGUACGAUCUGUACAAGCACCUGGACAGCAGUGCCGCGUCCAUCAUUGAUGCACCAAUGGAUAUUCCGGGGUUAAACCUCAGCCAGCAAGAAUACUACCCCUAUGUAUACUACAAGAUUGACUGCAACCUGCUCGAUUUUAAGUAAAAGAAACCCCUAGGUGUAUCAUCCAAUCAGAAAUGAGUUUGAAGUACAGUGACGCAAUUAACCCUGUGCUUGCUUCUCAUUCCCCCUUACUGAGUUGAUUUCCCUCGUAGUUGUCCUUUGAGACCUUGUUUCUUUUAAAAACAAAUAUAUAUAAAUAUAUUGUUGCUUUUAAUCAAUGAUGUAUUUAAAUGUCCACUGAGCAAAUAAGAGUUUAUUUAUGAAGAGAUUUAUUUAAGGCCUGCAGUGUCUGAGCAUUCGGUUGGCAUUGCAGAGCUCGGCUGUUCGACCACUUGGCACAAAGGAUUAUAUGAAACUUCAUUCCUCAUUCGUAUGGUGAUCGGCAUCGAUUCUCCCCGUUAGCACUGCUCGUUUAGGUCUUGUUUACAAGGGGUUAUGGUGUAACCGUUUUAUACCAUUCCAUUCACUGUAUUUAGUUCAUAAAAGGUGUUUCAAUGUGAAGUUGUGAUGCUAAGUAUGUGUAAUAUUUAACGUUCGUGCUUUCUAAAUGUUUCAUAAAGAUCUUAGAGCGCUGUCAGUAUACACAGGAUGAAUUAAAAUAUACCUGUGCAAAUAA